CGACGUUGUUUACAUGUGUCAAUUGGAGAAAUGCUUUUUAUUUAUGAUCUGUGUUUAUGUGAUUUAAAUUGUUUCAAGGUUUCUUAUCUUUACUAAAAAACGACAAAAAAUGGACUACGAUGCAGGAUCUCCUGAAAUGGACCCUGAAAGAAGGAAGAGUGUGGGGAUUUUGAAAGCCCAAAAGCCUAGAAAUCCUCUAUCUGAGGUUGAUUUAAUUGAAACUGCUGAUACAACAGUGGCAAGGACAAGAAGAGUUAGUUUUGCAGCUAGUAAUUAUGUUAAGCAAUUCUCUGCUCAUCCAGACACAGUAACUGCUUGGGAUGACACUUAUGAAGAAGAAAUGAAUCAUACAGAUUCUUCCAAGGAACAAAUAUCUCAAAACAAAACUGCCGACACUAUGACGAGCAAUUUAGGGGGGGCAUUUAUACCUUAUGAAGAAUCUGAACUGGUCGAAGUACAAAUUAAAAAAAAGUCAAUUGAAACUCCAAAAAUAUUUGUGUGCGAUUACUCGGAUAAAAAAGAUAUAUUCAAUAUUUCCAAUGAUAAGGAACAAAAACCAAUUUUUGACAAGGAAAAUUUGAAUCCCAUAAUUAAUGAUGCUUCAAUUCUUACUUUUCCAAAAAAGAAAUCCAAAAUAAGUAAUAAGGAAGAUGCAAGUGUGGAAAAGAGUUUUUCAGUUUCACCAAAUAAUACUUUGGGAGCUAUGGAUAUUUCUUCAAGUGAAUUUGACCAAAAUUUUACUAUAACCGAGUUUAAAGUUUUUGAUAACAAUAAAAUUCAAAUUAAAGAGAAUGAAGAAGAUCAAACGAAGAAUAGAAGAAAAACAAUUAUUUUUGAGCAGUCCACUGCUGAUAUGGAAUUUACCAACCAAUUUACUGUAAAUGGAAUAACUGGAGCAAACCUCAAUAUUCCAGUGGAAAAUACUCAAAAAAAAACAAUUUUAAAUGAUAAAAAAGAACCUGAAAAAAGAAAAACCAUAAUUUUUAACCAGUUUACAGAUGAUAUGGAGUUUACCAGCCAACUUCCAGUUCCAAAUAAUUUUGGGGUAAAUACAUGGACUACCAACUUUGAAGCUACAAAUGUUGUUAAAAAGAAACCUGAAAAUAAAAGGACUGCAGGAAAUAUGGACAUAACCAAUUUUUGUGUCCAAGAAAAUAAUGAAAUUAUAGCGGAAAAUAAGAAAAAAGAUGAAAAUAAAAGAAAAACCAUAAUUUUUAAUCAGUCUGCAGAUGAUAUGGAAUUUACCAGCCAAUUACCAAAUGUUGGGGUAAAUACCAUAAACCCCAGUUUUUCAGAAAAAAGUGCAAAAAUAGAUAAAGAACCGGAAAAGAAAGAAAAUAAAAAAUAUAUGGUUAAAAAAGAACCUGAAAAUAAAAGGAAAACAAUCCUUUUUGAGCAGAGUGCAGGAAAUAUGGACAUAACCAAUUUUCCUGUCAAAGAAAAUUAUGAAAUGAGCGAAACUAUUUUAGUGGAAAAUAAGAAAGAAGAUGAAAAUAAAAGAAAAACCAUAAUUUUCAACCAGUCUGCAAAUGAUAUGGAAUUUACAAGUCAAUUUCCUUUAAAAGACAAUUUUGGAGAAAUAAAAACAAAAACCAUUGUUUCAGAGGAAAAUGCAAUGUUGAAUAUUAAAAAAGAUUCUGAAAAUAAAAGAAAAACCAUAAUUUUUAACCAAUCUGCAGAUGAUAUGGAAUUUACAAGUCAAUUUCCUUUAAAAGACAAUUUUGGAGAAAUAAAAACAAAAACCAUUGUUUCAGAUGAAAAUACAAUGUUGAAUAUUAAAAAAGAUUCUGAAAAUAAAAGAAAAACUAUAAUUUUCAACCAGUCUGCAGAUGAUAUGGAAUUUACAAGUCAAUUUCCUUUAAAAGACAUUUUUGGAGAAAUAAAAACAAAAACCAUUGUUUCAGAGGAAAAUGCAAUGUUGAAUAUUAAAAAAGAUUCUGAAAAUAAAAGAAAAACCAUAAUUUUUAACCAAUCUGCAGAUGAUAUGGAAUUUACAAGUCAAUUUCCUUUAAAAGACAAUUUUGGAGAAAUAAAAACAAAAACCAUUGUUUCAGAUGAAAAUACAAUGUUGAAUAUUAAAAAAGAUUCUGAAAAUAAAAGAAAAACUAUAAUUUUCAACCAGUCUGUAGAUGAUAUGGAAUUUACAAGUCAAUUUCCUUUAAAAGACAAUUUUGGAAUAAUAAAAACAAAAACCAUUGUUUCAGAGGAAAAUGCAAUGUUGAAUAUUAAAAAAGAAUCUGAAAAUAAAAGAAAAACCAUAAUUUUUAACCAAUCUGCAGAUGAUAUGGAAUUUACAAGUCAAUUUCCUUUAAAAGACAAUUUUGGAGAAAUAAAAACAAAAACCAUUGUUUCAGAUGAAAAUACAAUGUUAAAUAUUAAAAAAGAUUCUGAAAAUAAAAGAAAAACUAUAAUUUUCAACCAGUCUGCAGAUGAUAUGGAAUUUACAAGUCAAUUUCCUUUAAAAGACAAUAUUGGAAUAAUAAAAACAAAAACCAAUGUUUCAGAGGAAAAUGCAAUGUUGAAUAUUAAAAAAGAUUCUGAAAAUAAAAGAAAAACCAUAAUUUUUAACCAAUCUGCAGAUGAUAUGGAAUUUACAAGUCAAUUUCCUUUAAAAGACAAUUUUGGAGAAAUAAAAACAAAAACCAUUGUUUCAGAUGAAAAUACAAUGUUGAAUAUUAAAAAAGAUUCUGAAAAUAAAAGAAAAACUAUAAUUUUCAACCAGUCUGCAGAUGAUAUGGAAUUUACAAGUCAAUUUCCUUUAAAAGACAAUAUUGGAAUAAUAAAAACAAAAACGAUUGUUUCAGAGGAAAAUGCAAUGUUGAAUAUUAAAAAAGAUUCUGAAAAUAAAAGAAAAACCAUAAUUUUCAACCAGUCUGCAGAUGAUAUGGAAUUUACCAGGCAAUUACCAAAUUUUGGGGAACUGGAAAAUAAAAACGUAAAUGUUGAAAAAGAAAACAAAAAUAUUGUUAAAAAAGAACCUGAAAAUAAAAGGAAAACAAUCCUUUUUGAGCAGAGUGCAGGAAAUUUGGACAUAACCAAUUUUUCUGUCGAAGAAAAUUCUGAAAUAAGCCAAAAUAUUGUGAAAAAUAAGAACCAAGAUGAAAAUAAAGGAAAAACCGUAAUUUUUAACCAGUCUGCAGAUGUUACGGAAUUUACAGGCCGCAGUUUUUCACUAAAAAAUGAAACUUAUGUGAAAGAAAAACCCGAAAGUAAAAGAAAAACAAUUCUUUUUAAUCAGUCCUGUGCAGAUAUGGGCGUGACCAAUUUGUUAGUUGAAGAAAAUUGUGAAGUUGAGGAUAUACUCACUGGUGUUUCAGUGGAAAAUGAAAACGUUAAAGAUCAUAAAAAUAAAAGAAAAACCAUCCUCUUUAGCCAGUCCACAGAUGAUCUGGAAUUUACCAGCCAAUUUCCUAUUACAGGCAAUUUGGAAUUUAAUAGUGAAAAUGUAGUUGAACAACAACCUGAAAUUAGAAGAAAAACAUUUAUUAUUGAUCAGCUCACUAAUAGUAUGGACACAACUAAUUUUUCAAUUAAAGGGGAUUGUAAAAUGGACAAAAUAAGCCCCAGUAUUUUGGCGGAAAAUAAAAAAGUUGAAAAAGAACAAGAAAUUAACAAAUCCACAGGUAAUAUGGAAUUACCCAGCCAAUUGCCUGUUUUUAAAGAAACUUGUGGAAUAAAUAAUUUCACAAUCAUUAGAGAAAAACACAAACAAUUAAAUGCAGAGAGCCCCAAAAUUGCCGGCAAAAGAAAAAAAAAUAAUGUUGAAGGAAAAUAUUUAAUGAAAGAAUUGGAUUUGGAAAGUGAAGCAACUAAAACAUGUGAUAUUUUGAACAAAUUUCCAGAGUUAAAAAUUUCAAUAAAUCAGGAAAAUACUUCAACUUUAAAAAAUCCAUUAGGAGAUAAAAUUGAAAGUUCAUCCAGUAUUCCACACAAACUUACAUUAAAAGAAAACGCAACUUCUAUAGAUGAUAUGUGUAACAUAUAUACCUCUACAACUAAUUUUAAUAAUAUUUUAAGCAAUAAAAAUUAUAUUUCACCUCCAAAUGAAAACCACAGUCAACUUGAAAUAUCUUGCAUUAAAAUUAGCAAUGAAAAUUCAUCAAAAAAAAACAUUGCUAAAGAAGAACCUGAAAGUAAAACAAAAACAAUCCUAUUUGACCAUCAAACAGAAAAUAAUUUACCAGUCAAAGAAAAUUGUACAGCAGCUAAAAUAAGCAACAGUUCAGUGAAAAAUAUUUCAGGAGAAAAUAUAUUUAGCAACAAAAAGGAACCAAAAAACGAAACAGAGAUCAGUUUUAAUGUUGAUGAAAGUUUGGUAAUAAAAGACAGUAUUAAAAAACCUGUAAUUUUCGUCCAGUCCGUAGAAUAUAUGGACACGUCCAGUUUUCCAGCUGAAGAAAAAGUUCCCAAAGAAACUUGUGGAAUAAAUAUUUUCGAAAAUACUGCAACUUCAGUAAAUCACAAACAAACUUCAACAUUAAAAGAACCUUUGAUGGAUAAAAUUGUAAAUUUGGUAGAAAUUAGUGUUUCACCAAAACCAACAUUUAAAGGAGACGCAACAUCCAUAGAUGAUCAAUUUAAUAUAUAUACAUCCACCGCUAAUUUCAAUAAUAUUUUGAGUAACAAAAAUUAUAUUUCACCUUCGGUAUAUCAAAACCAACCCGAAAUAUCCUGCAUCCAAAUAAUGGAUUCACCUAUUAAUGAAGCAUCCAUGAGUCAACAACAUUUUAACAAAGCUGCAAUACCUUUACAACCUUCCAAACUGUCCAGUUUCGAAUAUGCCGAUAAUUUUCUGCAAUCUUUCGACGGUAAAAAUAACGCGAACACGUCAGAGUUGAAGUCUCCUUUACGGUCGAUUUUCAAAAUGUCCUCCAAUAACACGAGCAUCGAGGACACCCAACAUUUGAUAAAUUUGAGGAUAUCGGAUCCGAAUCCCGAAGAAUCCAGCGAGCUUGGAACAUCGAGCAACCUCGAAACCGAUUUGAUCAGGUUUUUGCGAGAAAACCUGGUCAAGUACACCUUGAUAGAUCAUAGCCCGUUAGUGGCGGAAAGACUUGAGCGCAAGAGGAAAAUUGAGGAGUUCAGAUUGUCUAUAAAGAACAUAAAGGAAUCGGAAAUACUAAAAGUUCCCGAUAUCGAAGAAAGCUCUGAUGACGAAGAAGAUUCAUGCGAACGUCUUGAAAUCCCUGUUAAAAAAGAAGAAGAUACAGACGAUACGGAGAAGCCCAAAACCACUGCCGACAAAAUCAAGGAAAUUGAGAACACAUGCGAAUCACAUUGCCAGUUUGAAAAGAAAAUAGACGACUACAAAUACGUCUUCUCCUCUUUUAAUCAAGCACUGUCAAUGCUGCUGGAGUUUGAUGAUAAUUUUUACAUUAGUGAUAUAAAAACAAAAAUUAACUUGGCGGACAAUUCGAAUCCUAUUUGUUUUUAUAUUUUGAGGAUGUUUUGUGAAAAGCUCAAAAAGGAAAACCUGUUGAUUACGCUUGGUUCCAACAAAUACGUUUUAAAAACUUUGCUUGAUUAUGUUGACAUUACAGCAAUUGAACUUUUGGGUAUGCACAAAUAUUUACGGCAUCUAACUGGUAAAUGUUUGGAAAUAUCAGAAGAUGGAAACAGAUUUACCUUUCAAGUACUGGAAAGUGAAGCCCUACUAUUUUGGGAAAUACAUCUGGACAUGUCAAACGUAAAUUGUGUGAAUUACGAAAAUAUUAGGGCUAUAAGUAAAUGUAAGCAACCUAUUAACGAGGAUUACAUUAAAGAACUUUGCAAAAGUUGCCCAAAAGGUUUAAAUUUUUUCAAAGAUUUUUUAUCAAGACUUGAUGAAUAUGUAAAUACAUUUUGUGAAAGAAUUUUAAUGAGACGAAAUCGUUCAAAACGUGAAUUACAGCAUUAA